AUGGCCAGUUCCUCGGACAGUGAAGAUGACGGUUUCAUGGCCGUGGAUCCAGAAGACGCUGUGGUCGAAGGGACGAUGGAGCAAGACGAUGAGCCGCAUGCUGAGCUGGAGGUCGAGGAGACCAGGCAUAACAGAUCGAUGUUGGAGCUCCCAGAAGAGGUUUUGGAAUAUAUCCUCUCCUUCCUUUCGCCGUAUCAGGAGCACAAAACUGCUGCCCUUGUCUGCAAACAGUGGUAUCGACUAAUCAAAGGUGUGGCCCAUCAGUGUUAUCACGGCUUUAUCAAAGCGGUGCAAGAAGGCAACAUUCAGUGGGAGAGUCGCACUUACCCCUACCCUGGAACCCCCAUCACGCAACGCUUCUCGCACAGUGCGUGUUACUAUGACGCUAACCAGUCGAUGUACGUGUUCGGUGGCUGCACGCAGAGCAGCUGUAACGCUGCCUUCAACGACCUCUGGAGACUCGACCUGAACAGCAAGGAAUGGAUCCGGCCCCUGGCAUCAGGUUCGUACCCCUCGCCCAAGGCUGGCGCCACGCUGGUGGUCUACAAGGACUUGCUUGUGCUCUUCGGUGGGUGGACGCGGCCGAGCCCUUACCCUCUGCACCAGCCAGAGAGGUUCUUCGAUGAAAUCCAUACAUACUCACCCUCCAAAAACUGGUGGAACUGCAUCGUGACCACCCAUGGCCCCCCUCCCAUGGCAGGACACUCCUCCUGUGUCAUCGAAGACAAAAUGAUAGUCUUUGGGGGUUCGCUAGGAUCUCGGCAAAUGAGCAACGACGUUUGGGUGCUGGAUCUCGAGCAGUGGGCUUGGUCCAAGCCCAACAUCUCCGGGCCCAGCCCUCACCCACGAGGUGGCCAGUCCCAGAUCGUAAUAGACAACGAAACCAUUUUAAUCCUGGGUGGCUGUGGUGGUCCCAAUGCACUCUUUAAAGACGCCUGGUUACUGCACAUGCACGCCAACCCCUGGACGUGGCAGCCCCUCAAGGUGGAGAACGAAGACCACGGAGCCCCGGAGCUGUGGUGCCAUCCUGCCUGCAGGGUGGGACAGUGCGUCGUGGUUUUUAGCCAAGCUCCCAGCGGGAGAGCCCCGCUGAGUCCCAGCUUGAACUCUCGCCCCUCUCCCAUCAGCGCCACGCCGCCCGCCCUGGUCCCCGAAACGCGGGAAUACCGCUCUCAAUCUCCCGUCAGGAACACGGACGAAGCUCCCUGCGUCAACGGCCGCUGGGGCACUUUGCGACCCAGAGCGCAACGGCAAACCCCUUCGGGAUCCCGGGAAGGCAGCCUCUCCCCGGCGAGAGGGGACAGUUCCCCUGUACUCAACGGUGGGAGUUUAUCGCCCGGAGCCACGGCGGCCGGCGGUGCCUCCUUGGACAGCCCCGUGCAGCUCGUAUCGCCCAGCACUCCUUCCGCGGCUGAAGGAUACGACCUAAAAGUGGGGCUCGCCCUGGCACCGCGACGAGGAUCACUGCCGGAGCAGAAAGACCUGCGUUUGGGAUCCGUCGACUUGAGCUGGGAACAGAAACCGGCUUCCAUCAUCUGCCAGAUGGACGGUGUGGAGGGCAGGACAGUCAGUGCGAGCGUGAGGAACCCCCCCGAGCAAACCAACGGCAUCCACACGCCUCCCCACGUCCCCCCCUCCCUGCCGGGGGCUGUCUCUCCCGGCGCGCUGCGGAGGAGCUUGGAGGCCGUCAAAGCCCUCUCUUCCAAAGCCUCCUCGGCUUCUGCCGCCUUGAGCCCUCCGCUGGCUUCUUCCCCUUCUUCCCCGGGGUCUCCGAGUGCCGAGACGGGCUCGACAGCGCGUCCGGGCUCUACGCAAGGCGACGGCCAUUCCUUACCUCCCAUCGCCCGCCGCCUGGGCCACCACCCUCCCCAAUCCCUCAACGUGGGGAAGCCUUUAUACCAGAGCAUGAACUGCAAACCCAUGCAGAUGUACGUGCUGGACAUUAAAGACACCAAGGAAAAAGGACGAGUCAAAUGGAAAGUGUUCAACAGCAGUUCGGUGGUGGGACCGCCCGAAACCAGUUUACACACGGUGGUGCAAGGCAGAGGGGAGUUAAUCAUAUUCGGUGGCCUCAUGGACAAGAAACAAAACGUGAAAUACUAUCCCAAAACAAAUGCCUUGUACUUUGUGCGAGCGAAAAGAUAA